AACUUUUCAUUCAUUUUAUUGUCUUUCCUCAUCUCAUUUUACAGUAUUAUGAUGUAAUAUUAACUUUCGUCAACCAAAAACAAAUAUGUGAUAAAUUAUCUGUCAUGAUAAUUAUUGAAAAUAAAUGGACUAAUCAUUUGGAAAAUUAAUAAUUUUUACCAAUCAGUUAUAAUGACUGUUGUCAUUUGGGAAGUUGAAUUCCUGUUGAACGUUUAUGGACUGUAUGAAGAAGACAGACGGAUUUAUUUGAAAUCAUUUGAAUGACGUAACCGUUCUGAAUAGACAUGCCUAUUUUCAACCACUGUCCAAUUCAAGCAAAAGAUUAUUGUCAAAAUGGCGGUGAAUGCUUUUAUCUCUCUGGAGAUCCCAGUGUUUAUAUGUGCAGCUGUUUUAUGCCAUUCUAUGGACCACAAUGUGAACAUAAAGCUCCAAACAGAGAUAAACAACUUGAAGUAGAUGUACAAAGUAAUGAUGAUCAUGACAAUGAUGGGAUUGUGAUAAAACGAUCAGUAGAUCGUGCGAUGACGCUGACAGCGCUCAUAUUCAUCGUGGUCACCUUUCUUGCGAUGUUGAUAUUAGCCUGGUAUAUCUCUAGACGAAGACGUAAAGAUUUUGCACGGUGGAAGAGAAUGACAGAAUUAGCAUUGAAGUCAAAUUAUACUGAAAAAGUCGACAAAGAGACUCAAAUAACACCGGAUUAUCUUACUGAGAAAGAAACGUCCUCGUUGAUCAAAUCUAUACACUCUAUCGACAACAGUAGUCAUCGCGAAGAUACUGACAGUGAGGAGGCUAGGAAUAAUCAUCACAAUAAUAGUGAUAAUCAAGGUAUGGAAGCCCAAUUCGAAUCUCCCAUGCCUACAGUGAAACUGUGCCAGCAUUAUCAAAAACAGGAUGAUGACGAACAUUCGAGCCAAAAGAUAUAUCAAGAUGUAAACCAACAAAACGAUGAAAAAUCGUCAGUACUUGAGAACCCGAAUACAGGCGAUCUAAUGAAACUUGAUACGCCAACUGAGCUCUGUAGUCAUGUCAGUUCUAGCAAAGAGUUGCCCAUUGACAGUCAGACAAAAAUGGAUCAUAAAAAGAGAACAAGAAGCAAAAGGAAAGCACCAUCGAUUCAAAUUUCUGACAAUGAAUUACUGACAAAUCAUCAAGCAGUUGAUAAAAUUGAUGAGAGAGUUGCUAUUGCCACUACUGGAAGCCCAGGUAAAUAUGCAAAUACGGAAAAUGAAACAGAGGAAGCAGAUAUUCUAGCUAAAGACAAUUCUCAAAGAAAACAGUCAAUCAACCGAUACAAUAAUAGACUUCAGCAGUUACUUAGCCAUGAAGUUGAUCAUCCAACACGUCCACCCAUGGAAAGUCAACGUAAUCCAACCAAAUCAUAUGAUCAUCUUACAAGUCAUACCAUUGGUCGAAAUAUAACCAAUCCUGUUCAUACUACAGUGAAUAUCUUAAGCAGUGCAAUUUUAGAUAGACCAUAUAUAAAUGCCGAUGAAAUACAUACUUUAUUUGAUAAUACCAUUCCUAAUGCAUCACCUAUUGGUCAACAUCAAAGUCAUGACCUUGAAUAUUUUAAUCCAGUCAAUACAAAGAUCAGCUCAACUCUACCACGUGACUAUAAAAACCAUUGCAAUACUAAUCCUGUUAAUACAAAUCAACCAUCUCAUUGGUUGAAUGCAGAAUAUCUUACAGAUAAGAGAAGUAAAAUAUUUCAUGGACCACAGGAACCGUUUAUUGUAGCGUCUCAGCAUGAUGCUCUUCUUUCAGAGUUAUUACAUCGUGGAAAGGAGUCGAGUGUUACAGAGCCACGUCCAAAGAGUACUUUUUAAUGCUAUGGGUUUAAUUCAAAAGUUUAUAAGCAUGCGAAAGUACAUACGCUUACACUUUCUUAAUAUUUAACAAUGAAACAGAUUUGAUAAAAGGACACAUCUUUUUCAACAAACAUUCCACAUUCUGGAUGUGCACUGCUACUCAUUAACUGGAAAUUAACACAUCAAUACUGACAUCCAGAUCUUAUGAUAAAUCGGUAAUCAGUAGUCAUCCUGAAUAUUGACUGCAAUGAAAAUUCUGUUUAUUACCCAAUUUUACGAAGUGAAAGAACCUAUCAGGGAACGUGAUAUGAUCUAUUUUGCUGAUGUCUAUGGGAUUAUACAGUAAUACUUACCAAAGUUUUUGUCAGUACCUAUAUCGUGUAAUAAUAUUGACUAUGCAUCUUAGAAGAGUAAAUAAGAUUGAUAUUUUUCACAAUUAG